AGGUGACACGAACUCAGAUUUGGACAACGUGCUCAACAAGCCUAUGGCCUCGAAGGCGACCAAGCGCCAAAUAGCCUCACAGAAAUGAGGUAGCCCCUCCAAGAUGUCCAGAAAGACUAAGGUGGUCCCUUCGGCCUUGGCUCCCCUGGGUCCGAUUCAUGCUACCGAACCCAAUUCUCAGGUCAGAUCGAAUAAAGCUACCGAGCUCGCGGCACCUCCAACUAUUCUGGCUCCUCCUGCUGCCCAACCGAUCCAGAGAAUCCCUGCAGCCCCAACAAGAAAAGGCCAGGCUCCUGUGCGGGAGUACUUCCUAUCAAUCUCAACUCAUGUACCUGAGUUCGUGAUCAAUUGUACAGCUAGAACUCACGGAGUCAACCUGGGCUCUGACACUUUGACUUGCAUGGUUCAAAGUAUCAGCCACCUCGGGGCCCCUCAAUGGGAAUUUCUGACCUCUUUCCGAGAUGCCAACACUCUUUUUGACAAGGGUGGCGAGCUUCUCUCCUCGCACAAAAAUUCAUGUUGAAUAACGAGGAUACAACGAGCAGAGCGCUUGUGCAGGAGGCUAGAGACGCCCAGCUGAAGCUGGAGGACGAUCUCAAAGCAGCCAAGCUGGAGGUUGCAGCAAGGGAUGCGACCAUUCA